GUCAACGGCACAUCUCGAAAACAAUAUGCUCGGGCAGUGGGCACACUAUUGACUAUAUCUAUACGUUAGAAAUCAGAGGCAGAUCAGCUCAGAAUUGAACGGCGUAGAAAAAUCUACACACAGAAAGAGAAAAUUUAAAACCCUGAAUUUGGUCAUCAUUCUUAAAGGUUCUCUCUAAUGGAGUCCACCUUAUCUGCAACUACCAGAGCCCUCAAUCCUACAUCCACUUUUCUCAUUUAUCGUCUACAGCUCCAUCUGCUCACUCCAUGGUCGGUUCAAUGCCUUCCCAGCCGAAUCCUUUUCCGCAGGCUCAGUCGGUCCGUCUGCAGCGGCGCAUUCGGCAGAUCGAGCGGUUUCGCUUCGGUCAGGAGCCUGUGCACGGCGGCGCCUUCGGUGCGGUGCGUGUCGAGCCAGGCUGAUUCAUUUGCGUCCGCCGGCGGCGGCGGCGCUUGUGGCGGGGGUAGUGGAGCACAUGGAGGCGGCGGCGGCGGCGGCGGCGGUGAGGGGGAGGCUGACGGCGGGAAUGCGAGUUCGAAGGCUGGCGUGGGAGGGGGUGAAGCGGGGUCUGCUUUGUUCCCGGAUGUGAUAAUUCUCGAUGUCGGAGGUAUGACAUGUGGGGGAUGUGCUGCGAGUGUAAAGAGAAUUUUGGAAAGUCAACCACAAGUGUCUUCUGCCAGUGUCAAUCUUACAACAGAGACUGCGAUUGUAUGGCCUGUAUCUGAAGCCAAGGUUGUGCCUAACUGGAAAAAACAGCUAGGAGAGGCACUUGCAAAGCAUUUGACUACUUGUGGAUUUAAGUCUAAUCUUCGAGAUUCCGUGGAAGACAAUUUCCUCAAAGUUUUUGAAAGGAAGAUGGAGGAAAAGAGUAGUCGCUUAAAAGAAAGCAGUCGGGGCCUUGCUGUCUCUUGGGCUUUAUGUGCUGUAUGCAUGUUUGGCCAUCUAUCUCAUAUCUUUGGAGCGAAGGCUUCAUGGAUACAUGCAAUCCAUUCCACGGGAUUCCAUUUAUCAUUGUCUUUAUUUACAUUGCUUGGUCCUGGACGCCAACUUAUUGUUGAUGGUCUAAAAAGCCUUCUCAAGGGGACUCCAAACAUGAAUACUUUAGUUGGUCUUGGGGCGUUAUCAUCAUUUGCUGUCAGCUCAUUGGCUACCUUAGUACCAAAGCUGGGCUGGAAGGCAUUUUUUGAGGAACCAAUUAUGUUGAUAGCAUUUGUCUUAUUAGGAAGGAAUCUCGAACAGAGAGCUAAAAUUAAAGCCACUAGUGACAUGACAGGCCUUCUGAGUAUUUUGCCAUCUAAAGCUCGUCUUUUGAUGAAUAAUGAUGCCACAGAGUCGAGCUCAACUGUUGAAGUUCCCUGUAACAGUCUCUCUGUUGGUGACAAUAUUGUUGUACUACCUGGAGACCGUGUGCCUGCUGAUGGAAUUGUCAGAGCUGGGAGAAGCACGGUUAAUGAGUCAAGUUUCACAGGGGAGCCUUUGCCAGUGACAAAAUUACCUGGGGCUGAAGUUGCAGCGGGAAGUAUAAACCUGAAUGGAACACUUACAGUUCAAGUACAAAGGCCUGGAGGUGAGACUGCUAUGGGAGACAUUGUCCGUCUAGUGGAAGAAGCACAGAGUAGGGAAGCACCUGUACAGCGGUUGGCCGACAAGGUGGCUGGGCACUUCACUUUUGGCGUAAUGGCACUCUCUGCCGCAACCUUCAUGUUCUGGAAUCAUUUUGGUGCAAGAAUUCUACCUGCUGCUGUUCAACAAGGAGGCCAAAUUUCAUUGGCAUUGCAGCUCUCUUGCAGUGUUCUGGUUAUUGCCUGUCCUUGCGCACUUGGCCUGGCAACACCUACUGCUGUGCUGGUUGGAACUUCACUUGGGGCUACAAAAGGAUUGCUGUUGCGUGGUGGAAAUGUGCUGGAGAAGUGCUCUAUGGUGAAUACAGUUGUGUUUGAUAAAACAGGGACCUUGACAAUUGGCAGGCCUGUGGUAAAAAAAGUCAUCACGUCUGGAUAUGAUAAAGAUGCAGACAUAGAAAAAACUUCAAAUCACAACUGGUCAGAAGUUGAAGUUCUUAAGUUGGCAGCUGGAGUCGAAUCAAACACAAUUCAUCCAGUGGGGAAAGCAAUUGUAGAAGCUGCUGGGGCUGUUAAUUGUCAAAUUUUGAAGGUAGCAGAUGGAACAUUCAUGGAGGAACCUGGGUCUGGAGCUGUAGCAACUAUUGAUAAUAAAGACGUCUCAGUUGGGACAUUAGAAUGGGUUCAAAGGCAUGGAGUGGAGAAGAAUCCUUUUCAAGAAGUAGGGGAGCUUAAGAAUCAAUCUGUUGUCUAUGUUGGAGUGGAUGGCAUUCUUGCUGGUCUCAUUUAUAUUGAGGAUCAGAUCAGAGAAGAUGCCCAACAAGUUGUUGAAUCUUUGUCUAAGCAAGGAAUAAAUGUAUACAUGCUGUCCGGUGACAAAAGAAAUACUGCAGAAUAUGUUGCUUCUGCUGUUGGCAUUCCAAGAGAGAAGGUGCUUUCUGGAGUCAAACCAAGGGAAAAGAAGUUGUUCAUAAGUGAGCUUCAGAAGGAUCAGAACAUUGUAGCCAUGGUUGGUGAUGGGAUUAAUGAUGCUGCAGCCUUAGCUUCAUCAGAUAUUGGCAUUGCCAUGGGUGGGGGCGUUGGAGCUGCUAGUGAGGUGUCUUCUAUCGUGUUGAUGGGCAACAGGCUUUCACAGUUGCUUGAUGCUUUCGAGCUAAGCAAACUUACCAUGAAGACUGUGAAGCAAAAUCUCUGGUGGGCCUUUGCAUACAACAUUGUUGGAAUUCCAAUUGCUGCUGGAAUGUUGCUCCCAGUGACGGGGACGAUUCUGACUCCUUCAAUUGCUGGAGCCCUUAUGGGUUUGAGUUCUCUGGGUGUGAUGACAAACUCAUUGCUUCUGAGGUUGAAAUUUUCACCAAAACCAAAACGCAUUAACACGGUGUCUCAAAAGAACAAAAUUUAUAUGGACUCUGAUCUUCCUACAGAUCAAAAUAGCAAAGCUGGACACACCUACACAGCUGCUAGAUACAGAGAUGCAUGAUAGGGUUUAUAUGGCGACAGUGUAAACAUAAGAAACAAAUUGUAAAACAGAGAUGGUAAAAUUGUUUUACAAUUUUUUUCCAUAGUUGAGUUAUUUAGGCAUUAUGUGUUGGGAAUAAUCCUGUCAAUUUAUGUUUCAUUUUUUUGUAAUGCAUUUUCCCGGCCCACGAAUUUGCUUUUGCAAGGUUUAGCUCGUAUGAGAACAAAUGUUUCAUUUGUGCCA